UACCCCUUCUUACUGGACAAAUUUAUUGCCCCGCCCAAUACAAGUGACCUAACGCUAUUCAAACAUUCCGAUGUACGGGCGGAGGAUGCUUACAUAGUUGGACUUUUUCUAUAUAUUGUUUUCUAAAACGCUGUUAUUUUAACAAGUGGACUUAGAAUAUCGACAACGUGACACACAGAGAAAAAGAGGGAAACAUCUUUAAGAGUGUGAGCAAGAGUGUUAACAUUCUGACAUGUCCAUUCUAGACGAGCGCAACGAGUACCUGAAUAAUCCGUACCUUGACGACCACGGAUUCGAGUACGGCGACUUCACGACAUUCUAUGUCACAGUGGCCAUCUGUGCCAUCUUUGGUGGGAUUCUGUUUAUUCUGAACAUUGCGUUCUGUUGGUGUUCACGGCACCGGGAGUAUUGGCAGAAUCGUCAUACCGGCAAUAGAUGGAUCCAACCUUUGUGGACUGUGUUACCGCACAAAACGCCACCGCUUGAUCUCAGCGAAUUGGAGGCUGGUCAUAUCCCAUAUUCUCAAGUGAGGCAAGAGCAGUCUCCGAGUGUUGUACCGCAAGCGCAGGAGUAUCUGGAGAUGCAGAAGCGCGAGAGUGAGAUCUGAAAUAGCUGACAACGUCCAUUUCGUGAUCAGUG